AUGUGGUAUUUUUUCUGUGAUAUUACAAACGCCUCAGUUGUAUUUUUGUAUUUUCUUGUUGUAUUUUGUAUUAUUCGUUCACUCUUUAGCUUGCAAACUACUGUGAUAACUCGAGAAAAGCAAUUAGAAGCGUGGAGUCGAUUAGUUGUUGACUAUUGUCAAUUUUAUAAAAUUUAUACAUUAGACUUGGCUGAUAUAUCUAAUUCGGAAUUGUUUGUUAACAAUACGCUUAAUAGAAAAUUGCCGUCAGCUGGUGUAAGAGCUGUAUUUGAAUACCUCGAGCAUAAAAGGCACAUUGACUGGUUGGAUAAAAAUAAGAACAGGUGCCAUAUUUAUUGGAGGCGUCCAGAGGAGUGGGCUAUACUGAUUUACGAGUGGGCUGUAAGUAACGGCUUACUGAAUACUCCGUGUACUCUUUAUGAAAUAACUCAAGGAGACGACGUAGUACAAGAAUCUUUUUACGGUCUUGAUAAAGACGUGUUACUCAAGUCUCUAACAGUUCUUGUUGAUCAGCGCCGUGCUCAGCUUAUUAAUAUUGGAACAGAAGCAGAAGGCGUGAAAUUCCUUCAAAAAGUUGCUUUCGAAAAGUAUUUCUGUUUUCAGGUUACAACUGUAAAUCAUACGGGUUCAGGUUUUUUGAGCUCCAAAAAAGUGAUUGAAGAAGGUGACAUUGUCAUUAUUUAUGUCAAUUAUGGUACAUGUUAUGCAAUAGAAGUGAAGCGUGGCCUUAUUCUCACAAUGAAAUAUGGUGCUUUAAAGCAUGACUAUCUUAUAGGAAAGUGUUAUGGAUCUCGCAUCAGUGCGACUGCGGGUUACGUCUAUGUGUUACGUCCUAAUGCUGAAAUGUGGACUCGUGCUUUGCUUCGGCGAACACAGAUUAUUUAUACGCCAGACUGCGCUUUGAUUUUGAUGUUAUUAGACGUGAAACCAGGAUCGGUAGUUUGCGAAUGUGGUACUGGAAGUGGCUCACUGUCCCAUGCAUUAGCUAUGGCUAUUGCACCUGUAGGACAUCUAUAUACUCACGAUAUUGAGGAGUCAAGAGUGAAACAAGUAGAACUUGAAAUGAAGAAACAUGGGUUAGGCGAUGUUACGACAUGUGUGCAUCAAAACGUUGUUGAGGAUGGAUUUUUCGUAGCAAAUGCUUGCGAUGCAGUUUUUCUAGAUCUUCCAGCUCCGUGGUUUGCAAUUGCACACGCAAAACGUGCUCUGAGUCGAUCACGUGGUGGGCGUAUUGUCAGCUUUUCACCUUGCAUAGAGCAGGUACAGAGAACAUGCAGUGCUCUUCAUUGCGAGGGUUUUGUGCAAAUCAGUACUGUAGAAUUAGUACCAAGAAAGCUGAAAGUUUGUGAAAUGAAUAUGAGUACGUUGGAAUCGUUUAAUGCACCGCCUGUUGUGGUUGGCAAGAAGAGACAUUUGGAAAGUAAAGAAGAUGACUCUAUUACGUCAAAAUGUCGUAAAACAGACGAUAGCGUGGCUGUUGCGCCAUCAGUAACAAAGUAUGUAAAAGAGCAGAACAGCAGUAAAGUUUACACAUCGACUCUACUACCGUUCCCAGCAGCACAGCCAACUCAUACUGGCUACAUUAUCUCGGCAACAUUUUUACCAUCAGUUUCUUAA